UCCAAUCCAAACUUCAUAUUCCUCAACUAUUCACUUGAGUGGUGCAGCCGUUGUUUCUUUCGUUUCUUCACGUUCGUUUGGGAUCUUUCUGGAUCCGUUCCAUUCAUUACCGGCUGGCCACAAUGAAGUCUUUCUUUACCACCAUCUCUGCACUAACAAGCACACUCUCUUUGCUCACAUUCUCACAAGCUGCUCCUCUCAGCAAUGGCACCGGCUGCAGUGUUUCCGGACGAACCGAUGAGUCGACCUACUUCUCCGUUGUUGGGGUGCAAGGAACCGGGGUGCAGCCACGACAGGAACUGCGCGAUCUUGAAAAAGAUACCAAGAAGUGGAACAUUUUUCUCCAAGCCUUUGCUCGGUUUCAGGCAAUGGAUCAGAACGACAAGGUCUCGUAUUUCAAAGUCGCAGCCAUUCACGGUGCGCCAUUCGGCGAAUGGGAUGGCGUUAAGGGCGAUGGACUAAAAGGAUACUGCCCUCACAACACGAACCUUUUCAUCUCAUGGCACCGGCCUUACUUGGCAUUGUUCGAGCAGAUAUUGCAUGAUCGAGCGGUUGACAUCGCCAACGAGUACCCGGUAGGCGAAGCUCGAGACAGUGCUCGGAAGGUGGCAGACUCAAUCCGUCUUCCUUACUGGGACUGGGCAAUGGACCCUACCAGCGUCGAGGAGGGUGUUAUGCCUGCUUGCCUUCGAAAGGCAACCGUAGGAAUCACAUAUCCCAACGGCACCAAAGCCGAGAUCCGCAACCCCCUUCUCAAGUACGACUUCCACCCGCUGAAAUACGAGUUCUUUUCCGACUUGAGUGAGUUUCAAUUCAAGAACUGGAACACGACCAUCCGGUCGCCAUUGGAUGGCGGCUCGCCCAAUGCAACCAGCCGGAAUGACGAUGCCAACGCUCGCAUCACUAACGCUCAGCCCAACAAUCGUGACACUCUUUACAAGCUUUUGACUGUUCAUCAACCCUGGAACCAGUGGAGUACCAAAUCCUAUGGCGGUGCGAUCGGCAGUGUCGAAACUCUACACGAUGGCGUACACAAUACUUUUGGUCUUGGACACAUGGGUAUCGUCGAGAUGUCUUCGUACGAUCCGAUCUUUUGGUUCCAUCACUGCAAUAUGGAUCGCCUGGCGACCAUGUACCAAUCUCGCUACCCAGACACAUGGAUCGAGGAUGCUGUUCAGGUCGCUGGCACAUAUACAGUAGAGACAGGCAGUACCCAAGGUGCUCAAGCACCUCUCACACCUUUUCACUUGAACGCAAAGGGUGAUAUGUGGACAUCUGAUUUGUCGCGUAACUGGACAUGGCUUGGAUACACUUAUCCAGAAGUAGCAUCCAAUCCCAGCAAUGACACUUUGACCGCUACGAUCAAUAAACUAUACAAGGCACAGACCCAGGGUCUUAUUGAGAGUGGUGGUAAUGUCACCGAGCCUGGAGCUGGAGAUAACAUCACCACAGCAGCCUAUGCGAUGGACUGGCUCGCGAAGGUCAACAUGCCUUCCGAUAUCAAGAUUUCCUACUCGGUUCGUUGCUUCCUUGGGGAGCCUGACGCAGAUCCCAAGAAAUGGGCCACGGAUCCCAACUACGUCGGCCAGAUUGGAACAUUGUCAUCUCCUCGCAUGGAUUCCGAUACGAUCGUAACUGGCAGUGUCGAACUCACCGAGAAACUUGCCGCCAAGUACAAAUCUGGCGAACUUAAAUCUCUCGACAAGAGCCAGGUAGAGGAGUGGCUGAAAUCGCACUUCACUUGGCGCAUCCAGGCCCUUGACUAUUCCGAGAUCCCACGUUCUAACCCACCCAAGGGUCUCAACGUCACCGUCUUCAACGUCCCUGUCGAACUCCCCAAGAGUGAGUCUGAAGUUCCGCAAUGGGUUGGCCCGAUCGAGGAGAAACCCGAGAUUGAAGGCAACCCUCCAGAGCCAUCCAAUCCUCCGGCCCCAGCUCCAGGAAACGACAACAAGCAGGGCGGGUUUGACGCAUCGAGUGGCGAAUGGGUCUGGAGAGAUGCGAAGAAGAGCAGCUCCAGUGCAUCCACGAGUGCUAGGAGUUCUGCAGCUGCUCCUGUCCCGUCAUCCCCGAGCUCAUCAGCAGCAGCUCCAAGCUCCGAAAUACCGGCUCCUUCUUCUUCUUCGGCUUCGGCUUCGGCACCGGCACCAUCCUCGUCUUUCAACCCUCCCCCCGUCACGCAAGCACCCAGCCCCAGCGAAGCGGCACCAGAGCCUAGCAAGAGCGUUGUCAUCGAGACAUUGGAAAAUGGCGAGGUGAUUACCAAGAUCGUCACAGUUGUUGUGCCCGUGACAGUCUACGUUCCUGCGCCCACAAACACUUGAAAACUCGCGGGAUCGAGUCGAGUCGAGAUGAGUUGAUGAUUGGUUUUGUGCAGAUUCGAGCGUGCGUGAUUUUCAUUGUAUAUAAGUUCUUUCUUCCAUUCUUCAGAUCAUUGUUUUGGCGUUUUCUAUCUUGCGUUUUGACUUUUUCUUUCGAGUUGCGAAUGCGUGCAUACACGCUGGGCGUGUGUGUGUUUGUGCAUUGAUCUCCUAGCAGUUGACUGCUUUUAUAUACCACUUUGAGAAAAAACAGAUAGAGCGGAUGAUAUGAUAUCCACAAAAUCCCUGCUAGAUGCAUGGGAAUGAAGACAUGUUUUGCGUUUAUGAGGAUAUUCUGUUUGAUGAUUAUGUGAGUGCGGCGUAGCAG